CGGUGAAGUCUGGUGUUGUGGCAAUUAUGCCUAUCGGUACAAGAUUUUUGUGCAUCGAACCCAGAGCAAAAACAUCGGUAUCUAUUUCUCGUUUGCGUUCUUCUUGCCCCCAGAGUGGGUUUCAUAUUUGCAUGGAAAAGAAAAUACGAUGGACAUAUAGAAAAAAGGGAGCAAUGAAGAACGACGUCGUUUUAGUAGACUCUGUUGCGACAACAUAAGAUGCUAGAUUGAUACACCGAUGCGAUAACAGGUCCUCCCCCCGCGGUCGUCGUUACCCCACAAUUUCCUAGAAGAAUGCGCUUCUGGCAGUCAUCGACAAGAAUAAUAAGACUCAGUAAAGUAGUUCUUCUUCCUCACUUUCUUGCUGGGGCUGGCUACUCUACUUAACCUCUAGGUGGUAGGCUGGACUACACAAAGAAAGACCGGAAAAUUCAAAAAGGCGCGUCGCGCUGUUUCAGCCGACCGCGAUUAGAUAUUCAUUUAGCGCGACCUUGAUGUGUUGGACUUGGAACCACUGAACUGUGAAAAAUCUACAACCAUGCAGGUGCCUUUUUCCGCAUUUGGCUUGUUUCUGUUCCUCCUCCCUUUGCUAUGAGAUUGCACAACUUCCCCCCUCUUUUGAUGGCGGCAAUGAACAGCAACACCUCCUGCAAUGGCAGAAAUAUGAUAGUCGUAUUACAACUCAACGCACGGACCCUUUGGUUCGGUUUGGUGGUAAACAUAUACAUACGCAACCUGUCAUGCAAAAAUCACUCUCAGUUGAUGUUGAGUUAGCGUUUGGUAUUUUCAUUUGGGGACGAGGGGAGUUGUGCACUCUCAUAAUACCACGACCAGUUCGCCCACGCCUUCCCGUCGAACAAGCGCCAGGUCCCGAACGGCGACCAGUUUCUCCAUCUGGGCCACACGAGUUCCAACCCGAGCUUUUCGGACCUGAAGCACAAUGCGUUCGGCGCCGCCUUCAAUUCGGCCGCGAUGCAGUGGACCGCGGCGCUCUGCCAGGCGGAUUCGGACGGUGACGGGUUCACCAACGGCGAGGAACUCGGGGACCCCAACUGCACGUGGCAGCAGGGUCAGCCCAUGCCGGACUGCGGCGGUAUUGAAAGGAAAAACUCCCCCUCCCCAUAUUGAAAAGGCGUGUUUCCGAAAAUCUGUGUUGCUGAUUUGAGGUCACAAAUCGCAUUUGUCUUGCAAGAAGACAAGUGCAGAAGCUUCCGCCCCAUAAUGGAAGCGAUUCGUCAUGCUGUUGGGCCUAAAGGGGAGCCUUUUGCCAUGCCGAACAACUAGGGCCAUACGCCCCACCCCAUCCCGGGGAUCUGGCCGCAGUGCCUUCCUGCAACACAAAGCUGAUUUGUGUACGCAAAUCCAGCAUCAGAAACUUCGUUUCGAUAUGGGGAGGGGGGAUUUUUCCUUUUGAUAGGCGGAUGCCCGAGCCACCCCGGCGACGCGGAGGACAACUACGUGUGCGGGUCCGGCUAUCAAAUGUAAAAGUGUCUGGGUUUGGAAGAUUGCAACUUGUCAUGCUGUUUUUGGACUCUAAAAAAAUUUGUAUUGCAUGACCAGCAAGAGGGGUAUCAUCUGUGCUACACGGACAGGGCAUUUCUCAUGCGGAAGGUGCAUCAGGAGGCCCUCUAAAAGUCCGCGAUGGUAAGUCAUGCAUUACAGGCAUCACUGGCCAUAAGAAAUAUGCAUGACAAAUCUUGCAUUCUUCCAGACCCAGACAUUUUUGCAUUUGAUACCGGCGUGAAGUACUGCGGUUUGCUGGAAAAGGCGGAAGAUCGGUACCGCGCGCACGGCGCGCUGAUGCUCACGGCGUGGGUGGUACUGGCGCCGCUGCUGAUCGCCAUGGUCUUUGUGCGCAGAAAAAUUCAACUGAUGGACCACGGGCAAGAAGACGCGACCAAUACAGCCGCUUUUGAGAUGAAAGGGGGUGGCAAUGCCGACCACAGCAAACUGCUCGGCCGUUUGAUGCUCAUCCACAAGAUCGGGCAGCCGUUGACGCUGAUCAUCACCACAGUGGCGAUCACUCUGCCCUUUCUGGAGGAUCACAGUUCGCACGGGCACCGCCGCCGGCUGUCCGGGGGUCAUUCCAGCAUGUCCAUGCACGGCAUCCUCGGAUUUCUGGUGCUGUCGCUGGCCUGGUCACAGCUCUUCUUGUGGCUGGGGAAGAAGUGGUAUUUGCAGCAGAACGUCGUAAGCAGCAGCGAGGUGCUGGAAAGCAAUAGUACAAAGAAUGGCGCUCCUGUUGUAGUCAACGGGUUGACCAACAACAAAAUCACAUGCGAGCAGUCGCAAGAAAUCGCCCUCAAACCGGUGGUGCAGAAAGAUUUCGUGGAAGAAGCUAGUGGAGGAAACAGGGCGGCAGCGGCCAAACAAGCAGCAGAAAGUAGCAAGUCCUUUUCGGAGAAGUGGCUCUGGGUGCACCGGAUCUCGGGCCUUCUCUGCUUGCUCCUCGGGAUGUGGAACUGUGUUUCCGGGGCGUUUAAGUUUGAGGAUAUGUUUGACGACACCAUUUUUCAGCCCGUCGUCUACGCCUGCAUCGUCGUCUCGCUCGUUCUUCUUCUUGCGGCCAGAACGCUCGGUCAUAAACUUGUCACGGUUCUGUAA